AUGAACCUUGCCCUUCUCCUUCUGGCAUUGGUGGGCACAGUUGGUGUGGCCAACGCUGCUAUCCCCCGGAACUUGUGGCAAUUCCGCAACAUGAUCAAAUGCACCAUCCCAACCAGUGACCCGCUGAAGGAUUACAACAACUACGGCUGCUAUUGUGGCUUAGGGGGCAGUGGGACUCCGGUGGACGACCUAGACACAUGCUGUCAGGUUCAUGACAACUGCUAUUCCGAAGCCAAGAAACACCCCAAGUGUAAAUUCAUUCUGGACAACCCCUACACUGAGAUCUACUCCUACAGCUGCUCUGGCAAGGACAUCACUUGCAGCGAAAAGAAUAAUGAAUGUGAGGCAUUUAUCUGUGGCUGCGAUAGCAGAGCCGCUAUCUGUUUCUCAGGGGUUCCAUACAACCCAGACUACAAGAAUUUGGACACUCACAAAUACUGCAAGUGA